CAUGCUGUGUCCAUCACCCAGGAUGAUGGGGGAGCGGAUGACUGGGAGACUGACCCUGAUUUUGUGAACGAUGUGAGUGAAAAGGAACAGAGAUGGGGUGCCAAAACCGUGCAGGGAUCGGGGCACCAGGAGCACAUCAACAUUCACAAGCUUCGAGAGAACGUCUUCCAAGAACACCAGACGCUCAAGGAGAAGGAGCUGGAAACGGGACCCAAGGCCUCCCACGGCUAUGGUGGGAAGUUCGGUGUGGAGCAGGAUAGGAUGGACAGAUCAGCUGUGGGCCAUGAGUACCAGUCAAAGCUUUCCAAGCAUUGCUCACAAGUGGACUCAGUCCGGGGCUUCGGAGGCAAGUUCGGUGUCCAGAUGGACAGGGUGGAUCAGUCUGCUGUAGGCUUUGAAUACCAGGGGAAGACGGAGAAGCACGCCUCCCAGAAAGACUACUCUAGUGGCUUCGGCGGCAAAUACGGUGUGCAAGCUGACCGUGUAGACAAGAGUGCUGUGGGCUUUGACUACCAGGGCAAGACGGAGAAGCAUGAGUCACAGAAAGAUUACUCCAAAGGUUUUGGUGGCAAAUACGGGAUUGACAAAGACAAGGUGGAUAAAAGCGCUUUUGGUGUGCAGACAGACAGACAGGACAAGUGUGCCCUUGGCUGGGACCAUCAGGAGAAGCUGCAGCUGCAUGAAUCCCAGAAAGACUAUAAGACUGGUUUCGGAGGCAAAUUUGGUGUUCAGUCCGAGAGGCAGGACUCCUCCGCUGUGGGGUUUGAUUACAAGGAGAGAUUGGCCAAGCACGAGUCCCAGCAAGACUAUGCCAAAGGAUUCGGCGGGAAGUAUGGGGUACAGAAGGAUCGGAUGGACAAGAACGCAUCCACCUUUGAAGAAGUGGUCCAGGUGCCGUCUGCCUAUCAGAAGACUGUCCCCAUUGAGGCUGUAACCAGCAAAACCAGUAAUAUCCGUGCUAACUUUGAAAACCUGGCAAAGGAGAGAGAGCAGGAAGAGACGCCCCCUGCAUCCCCUAGUCCUCAGCCAGCUGAAGACAGACCACCCUCCAGCCCCAUCUAUGAGGAUGCAGCUCCGUUCAAGGCCGAGCCAAGCUACCGGGGUAGCGAGCCUGAGCCUGAUUACAGCACUGAGCCUGUAGGUGUUCCUGAGGCCGGCAGCCAGCAAAGCCUACCCUACACGUCAGAGCCUGUGUACGAGUCCACAGACCCUCCUGGCCACUACCAAGCAGAGGAUGACACCUACGAUGGGUAUGAGAGUGACCUGGGCAUCACAGCCAUCGCCCUGUAUGACUACCAGGCUGCUGGCGAUGAUGAGAUCUCCUUUGAUCCUGAUGACAUCAUCACCAACAUAGAAAUGAUUGACGAUGGCUGGUGGCGUGGGGUGUGCAAGGGCAGAUAUGGGCUCUUCCCGGCCAACUAUGUGGAGCUGCGGCAGUAGGGCGGCCACCCAGAGCCUACAGGCACCAGCACAGGGUUCACACUACAGAGCAUCUGCGUGUGUUUGAGUUGG